GCUGCGGACCUGCACAAUCAAACGUUACUCCGAUAUACCCAAAGGACACCAGCGAAACCGGAGAAGCCACCAUGGACACUGCAGGAAAGACAAUCACAUGCCGCGCAGCCAUUGCCUGGGAAGAAAAGUCUCCUCUUAAAAUUGAAGAAGUGCAGGUUGAGCCUCCAAAAUCUGGAGAAGUUCGCAUUAAGAUGGCAUCUACAGGGAUCUGCGGUACCGAUGACCAUGUGCUGAAAGGAGACCUCUCGAUGAAAUUUCCUUUAAUUCCGGGUCACGAGGGAGCAGGAAUUGUGGAGUCUGUUGGCGAUGGGGUGUGCUCUGUGAAACCAGGAGAUAAAGUCCUCACACUCAUUGUUCCACAGUGUGGAGAAUGUGACGCCUGCUUGCACGUCCAAGGAAACUUCUGUGACAAGCAAGAUAUUCUCCCGUGUUCCGGGGUGAUGAUAGACGGGACCUCUAGGUUUUCCUGCCGAGGACAGACGAUUUAUCAUUCCUUCCGCACGAGCACAUUCACCGAAUACACUGUUGUGCCCGAGUUUGCUGUGGUAAAAAUUGAUGCUGCGGCUCCGUUGGAUAAAGUUUGUCUCAUAAGCUGUGGCGUCCCUACAGGCUAUGGGGCUGCUGUUAACUCAGCCAAGGUCACCCCUGGCUCCACCUGCGUGGUGUUUGGACUCGGAGGGGUCGGCUCAGCCAUUGUCAUGGGCUGCAAAGCUUCCGGUGCUUCUAGAAUCAUCGGGGUUGACAUCAAUGAGGAGAAAUUUUCCCGGGCAAAAGCCUUGGGUGUCACUGAUUGUCUCAACCCUACGAAGCUCGAGAAGCCUGUCCAGGACGUGGUGAUGGAAAUGACGGGUGUGGGUGCUAACUUUGCCUUCGAGGCCAUCGGAAAGAUUGAAACCAUGCUCGCUGCGUGGAACUCCUGCAACAGCAGCUACGGGGUCUGUCUGAUCAUCGGGGUGGCUCCAGUGAACGCACAGCUGUGCCUUCAGGCAGUCUCAAUUGUGUCUGGAAAAACCCUAAAGGGCGUGUGUCUGGGAGAUUAUAAGACCAAAGACUGUAUUCCCCAGCUAGUAACUGACUAUCUCCAAAACAAGAUUAACAUAGAUCCACUAGUGACUCAUCAGCUGCCUUUUAAAGAACUCCACAAAGCCAUGAAACUGUAUUAUAAAGGAAAAACCGUUCGCUGUGUUCUACUCUUCUGAGAUCUCAAUGCUAAAAGUGCAAGAGCAUCCCGAAUGGCUUUCCUUCCUUUCAUGUUUCAACUCUGAUUAUCCCCAAGCUGCCGGAAGAGACGGUGCAUCAGUGGCAGGAAGACAAUGUGGCUGUGCAUCGUGAAAUGAGGGCCUCUUGGUCAUACUGAUAAUAAAAUAAGUUGGAAGAACUGGUGUGCAGCUCACACAGUGACCUUAAAAGGAGAAGUGAUUGCAUUUGAUUCAUGAUAGUAUUGAUCAUGACCUCAACCCAACUGAUCACUGCCAUAAGUCCAUGAAAGCUGUCUCUAUGUUCGCCUUCACUCUGUUCUGAUCCUGCUAGCUUUUAACUGGAAUCCACCACUUCAUAGAGAAAGGGGAUUAUGCAUGCUACUGCACUCUUAAGUUUUCAAAACACUGUUUAAAUUGCAUUGUUUUUUUUUGUUUCUAAAUUUUAAAAAUUAGUCUUAAAAGUACUAAAAUGUUCCUAAUUUUGUAUCUGGGCUUAGAUUUUUCUAAUCAAUUUUUUAAAAACUGGUGACAAAAUCUGAUUGAAUAAUAGUGGGGAAAAUGUUGGUGAUAUAAAACAAAUAUGUAUGGAAGAUAUUAUGAAUUCUAUAAAAAUGGUAAUAGAUGAAUGCCUUAAUAUGUAAAGAAUGUUUAUAAAUUAAUAAAUAUAUGAUAAAUUU